AUGUUCAUUUACAUUAAAAUGACUCAACAAAAAAAGAUGAAGAAGGCUAACUGCUGCGGGUGCUUCGACUGGCUCUUCGCCAGGCGGGCGCGCCGCAGCCCUCCCGAGGACCUCGACUCUUUCGUUGAGGAAGUCAAAAACGUGGGUGCCCAGGACGAUGCGGGCGAACAGGGACAAGCGUCCCUGAGCCUGGUCUGCCUGCAGAACGCAGCUCAGCCGCUCGCUGUGGUGGCGGAGGAACUCCCCUCCGACACCCAGGAUGCUGACGGGGUGGUGGGAAAUGGAGGUAAGGAGGGCAAUGGCAAGAGGCCUCAAACCCUCAUCAUUACAAUCCACUUGGUCAAGAGAGAAAGGAUCAACAAGCCACUGGACGAAACAACAGUCGCAGUAAAGGACUGGACGCUGGAGAACCGUGGCAAGCGUGUUCAAACUCUGAUCAUUACUCAGCUCAGGGUCAAGAGAAAAAAGAUCAAAGAGCUCCCCUCCGAGCAUCGAGGCACUGCUGGGGACGCUUCGUCCAGCAGGGGCAAGGCAGUUACCGAGCCACCAAAUAAGCCCCUCAAAAGCAGCCUCAAAAAGCAGGAUGCGUCUCAAAACACGGUCAAGAAAAUUGUCAGGUUCAACUUCCAAAACCUGAACAGUUUCGUCAAGGAUCGUGAACAGUACUGUGGCUAUGACUACUUCAAGUAUGGCUUCCCUCUCUCCAGCAUUCCUUCUGAGCUGCAAAAGCUAAAGGAGAGAACAGUGAAGCCACAGGAAGAGCCACCAAAGGAAGCUGUAAACAAACUGCCAGAGCUUCAGAAAACAGCAACAGAGAAAGCAACAGAUUCACACAACAAAAACACUGAGCCACAACAUCUCACAGGGAUCCUCAAGAAAGGAAAGACGGCCAGCACCGCUCAUAGAUGUCUGCGCUUUGACUUCCAAAACUUGAACACUUUCGUCAAGGAUCGCGAGCUGUACUGUGGCUACGACUACUUCAAGUAUGGCUUCCCUCUCUCCAGCAUUCGUUCUGAGCUGGAAAAGGUAAAGGAAAGAAAAACGAAGCCACAGGAAGGGCCAGUAAAGGACGCGCUAAACAAACACAACACAUUACAAGAGCAAACAGUUAGAGCAGCUUGCUGUACACCGAUGAAUACCACUAUUGAAGGGAAGUCUCCUAAAGGUAUCCUUAAGGGAGAAAAGAUGCCACGGUCCACCUGUCCAAAACAUGUGCGCUUCAACCUUGGUAACCUCCGCGCCCCCGUCAAGGAACGUGAGCUGUACCGUGGCCACGACUACUGCAGAUACGCCGCGCCUCUCGAAGCCACUCAGUCUCCCAACUUUACCUCGAGGCUUCACCACCAGCCCGUUAGAUCCGCCUCUAACUCGCUGCGUGGCGCGCCUCGGCACCUCGGGAGGACGACACAGUGGAGCAACGACUCCUUCCAGCAAAACGGUGGCCGGAAUGCUGCACACAACUACACCAACAGCCGCCACUCACAGCACCGCCAGCACAACUCAAGCACCUAUGUCUCGCCGAGAUACGAACCAAGGCAUUUCUACGGACAGACAAAUCCAGGCACCAACUCCCGCACCAGAUGUCGUGUCAAGAGAGGCGCCAAGCCGAGUGGUGGUGAUUUUCUGUGAGCACCGGGCGAGCACACUCAGUCGUGAUCAAACUCAAAUGUUCAGCGACGUACAGUUGACGUACAUUGCGGGUGCAUUUCUCAACACCCGCUGAACAGCAACUGUCGUUGAUUGGUGAUAACAGUGACUGAGGAGUGCCAAGAAGCACCACAAACACACUGAGAGGAACGGCUCGCCAGCUGACUACAGUCACCAUGCAGAGGAACACAUCCCACGGAACGGUGUCACUUCUACGGAACAAAUUGUUCAA